AUGGCACCACGCGCUAAUGGCCGGGGCGUUCAGGCCGAGGACACCAAGAUUUGUGUUGUAAUGGUUGGUUUGCCAGCACGUGGAAAGAGUUUCAUUGCCCAAAAAGCUCAACGAUACCUGCAAUGGCUCUCCAUUGACGCCAAGACCUUCAACGUGGGCAACUACCGACGUCAUGACGCUCCUCAACCCUCGGCCGACUUCUUUGACACGGGCAACGCCGAGGGCGAGCGCCGAAGAAGGGCGGCCGCCGAAGCUGCCAUAGCCGAUAUGCUGGAGUGGUUCAAGCAGGGCGGUACUAUUGGAAUCCUGGAUGCAACAAACUCUACCAAGGAGCGGCGGAAGUGGGUGUCUGACGUCUGCGCACGUGAGGGCGUUGAAGUACUCUUUGUCGAGUCCAAGUGCGACGAUGAGGACCUGAUUAUGGCCAACAUUCGCGACGUGAAAGCCACGAGCCCCGACUACAAAGGACAAGACCCCGAGCAGGCUGCACUCGACUUCAGGAAUCGAAUCAAGAAUUACGAAAAGGUCUACAAGACCAUUGACGGCGAUGGCGACGAGAGCGAGUACACGUACCUCAAGAUAUUGAACGUUGGCAGCCAGGUCAUUAUAAAUCGCAUCAAGGACUACCUGCAAAGUCGCGUUGUAUACUACUUGAUGAAUCUGCAUAUUCGACCGCGGUCCAUUUGGCUGUCGAGACAUGGCGAGUCAAUGUACAACUUGGACGGUCGCAUUGGUGGAGAUGCCGACCUCUCCCCUCGAGGACAACAGUAUGCCCAAAAGUUGCCAGAGCUCGUGCGACAAUCAGUUGGUAGCGAUCGACCAUUGACGGUCUGGACCUCGACGCUCAAGCGUACGAUCCAGACUGCCCGUUUUCUGCCAGAAAAUUACAAUCAAUUACAAUGGAAGGCUCUGGAUGAGCUUGAUGCUGGCCUUUGCGAUGGCAUGACCUAUCAAGAAAUCAAGAACCAGUACCCCGAGGACUUUAUCGCGCGAGACGAGGACAAGUACAACUACCGAUACAGGGGCGGUGAGUCGUACCGCGAUGUGGUUAUCCGAUUAGAGCCCAUCAUCAUGGAGUUGGAACGAUCAGAGGACAUCUUGAUUGUCACCCACCAAGCCAUCCUGCGAUGCAUAUAUGCAUACUUUAUGAAGAAGGACCAGGCUCAAUCGCCCUGGAUGAACGUGCCUCUGCACUGCCUCAUCAAGCUGACCCCCAAGGCUUAUGGCACAGAAGAGGAACGAUGGCAGGCCGACAUUCCAGCUGUCAGCACGUGGAGAGCAAAGGGUAGCACAGCAAAGCAUGAGGACCCAGUGCCUAGCGCAUAA